AUGGCGCACAAUACACCCGCCAACGCGCGGAUCUCCACCAAUGCAUUCCUUGAAUCCAAACUGAACCACCUGCGCGACCGAUCACUGGGCAGCAGCGCAGUUCGGGCCACCACCGCUGAAAUCGCGCGAAUCCUGGCUGUCGAGGCCACGCAGGGACAGCGACCCCAGGGCAAGAUUGGUCUGAUAGUGGUGCUCCGGUCUGGCUUGGGGAUGAUGGAUGCUUUUCUGUCGCAUUUUGCUCCUGAUACCGAUGUCGUGGUCUAUCAUAUUGGCAUGUUCCGUGAGAAAUACUCUUUACAACCCGUGGAAUACUACAACAAAUUACCAAACAACAACACCGAAAUCAAACGGGUAUAUGUGGUUGAUCCAUUGAUUGCGACGGGGGGUACGGCUACAGCCGUUAUUGAGAUUUUGCGCGACUGGGGCGUUGAACACAUCACCUUUGUGUCAAUGUUGACAAGUCAGCAAGGCCUAGAGCACGCAGCCAAGGCCUGGCCUGAGGGAACAGAGUUUGUAAUUGGUGCUGUUGACUCCAGCUUGGAUGAAGCGGGCUAUAUUUUACCUGGCGUUGGCGAUAUUGGUGAUCGCUUGUUUGGAACUGGACUGUCGCAGUGA